ACGGAGCGAAAGCGUCGGAGGAAACACGGUUACGGAGCCGAGAAAGAAACAAAAAGCCAGAGAAAGAAGGAUCGAAGGAGGAGAAAAACCUAAUGAGAUCGGUGAGCUCGCUUCUUCCCCCGUUCAUCCCCUUCGAAUCCGCUCCAAAUCUCUCCAAUUCCACCUCUCCUCCGGCUCCCACGACCUUCCAAUCGUGGGGAAACUGAGCCCUUCCCCUCCGCGAUUGGAUCCGCCGAAUGCGGCUCGUUUGUGCCUCGAGUUCGCGCCCGACGGAGGCCGUGAUCGGGAAGGGAGCCGGCUUUCGCGCGUGGCCUUGCUGGCGGUGGAGCAAUCCUAGCUGGAGGAGUGCGGAGCGGGGAUGAGAUCGGAGGCAGUCGGAGUCUCGGGAGCCAUCAUUAAUGUACGAGGAGCUGGAAGCAAGCUUGUCCGUAGGUGGAGGACAGGAAGACUGAAAGAUGCCUCCUUCGCCCUCGCCAAGGCGCUCUCCUGCGAGAGAACCCAGGGUGGAAAAUUCCCAAAGAGGGGCCACAGUUUUGAGGGUAGAAUUCCUCUCAAGGUCAAGGACGAUGAUCUAGCUUUGUUCAGUGAGAUGCAGAACCAUGAGAGGGACAACUUUUUGCUACAUGCCUAUGAUGAUUUUGAUGAAUCUAUAUCACAAUUGAGAUAUUUUUCGGAUUUCAAGAUUGGGGUCACUGUACCAACCGGAAGAGAGUGCAAAGAUCUCCUCAAUGCAGUUGGUGAGAAAAAUGAUUAUGACUGGCUGUUGACUCCUCCUGAUACUCCCCUGUUUCCUUCAUUGGAUGACGAUGAGCCUCAACCUGCUAAUGUGUACAGAGGCAGGACAAGAACUCAACCCAUUUCAAUUUCGAGAACAUCCAUGACUCUGAGGACAAAACGAAGCAGCGCAAGUCCAUCUCCUCGAUCAGGUUAUAGUGUAUCUUAUUCAAGAAUUACGCCAUCUUCAGCUUAUUGUUCUAUCCCGCCUCCUGUUCUUCGAUCAACAACACCCUCACGAAGAUCUUCCGCUCCUCUAACGAAGCCUUCAUCACUUGCUCAAACGUCCUUGACUCCCAUAUUACGGAGGAUGAGCACCGGUUCCAGUGGGCAGGCAUUCACUGGUAGAAGGGGAACAUCCCCUGUAAAGACAAAUCGUGGCAGUUCUGCCUCACCAAAAUUACAUGGAUAGCAAUCAAAUCUGCCCGGUUUCUCCACAGAUGUACCACCAAACGUUCAAACUUCUCUGACGGAUCGGUCGGCAUCACGUGUGCGGGGUUUUUCUCCAGCAUCUGUACAUGGAAGAGGUUUUGGGCCAAAAUUUGGAAGACAGUCAAUAUCUCCAUCUUCGAGGGGUGCCUGGUUACUGCAUAAUAGUGAAGGAGACUGUUUUAGCUCUAUUAGUAAACCCUCUGCAGCAUCUUCCUUCGAAGAUGAUGUUGAAUCACAUGCAUGUGUAGGAGUUUCUACCACUGCUGCUACAAGAAAAUAUAGAGAUUUUGCAAACACUAGAGCUAUCCGAUUCUCCAAGAACAUUUCCCGAGUCACAUCUGCAAGUUCCGCACCUAAAAGAUCUAUUGAUUCUGCUCUUAGAAAGAUGGUAAUUUGCCAUCAGUUUCUUUUUUCUGCUGUUCAGAUAAUCUUUAUUAUGUUUUGCAGUUAUUGUCCUGACCCUCUACAUUAUUUGCAUGGAUAAUCCUCAUAUAUUUACUUUCUGUUUGGAGGAUUCCUGUUGCCCUUGGAAUGUACCAUUCUUCUAAACUUUACUGUGUCAGAUUGUAGUUAUUGAAGACUUUUGCUUCGCUCAUGGUUAUCCUGCAUUCCUGCUGCUGAUGAAGUAAAAGUAUCCUGUAUGAGGACUUGCUAUAUUCUUAUCUUUCUGUUGAGAAAAUAAGCCUUUUUUUUGCAAACCUGUCUGGCACUCCUACAACAGGACGCUUGUGGUGGUUUGCAUUG